AUGGUGAGGGUCGAGGGAAAUCAUGGACCAACAGAGCCCCUGCACAUCAUCGUUCAAUGUGAGGACAUCGAGAGCCUUGUCGAGGAGAAGAUGAGAAAUGCCAUCGAGAAGAUCAACGUUUUGUUGCAUCCCCCUCCCGAGGGUAAGGAUGAACUGAAGCGAAAGCAACUUGUUGAACUUUCGAUCAUCAAUGGAACUUAUCGUCCAACUGCAGCAACGAAAAAUGCUUUGCAAACUCCACGUCCUCAUGUUUUGCCAUCUGGUGGAAUCAUCUCGCCUCAAGCCUUAGCCUUCACUCCACGCGAUAAGCCAACUAAGAUGUCUAUGGAGAAAAAGAAAGUCAACGACAUUCUUCACCAGAAUCAACUGAUGUCGAUGAUGGCGCUCUUUCAACCAACAACCACUCGUCAGGAGUCGGAAUGUGAUGCUCAGACAAUUGCUGGAUUUGCAAUCCCCUCUCUCACCGGUGGAUUAUGCAAGCCCACUCAUUGCAGCUAUGUCGUCGACUCGCGCAUCACCUCCAAUUCCACAGGG